AUGAGAAUAUCAUCUUUCUUCUUUCUAUCUCCUGUAUUCGUUAGCUUUGUUCAGAGCAGCACAAUCAAGAACAUUGAGGAGGAGAUGAGUCGUAUAACGGAAUUCUUGAACAAAACUGAACUUCUAUACAUGCAUGAAAGACUUUAUGAACAGAAACAAAACACUGUAAAUAGCCUCAAACUUAGUCCACAAAGAAAGGCAAUGCUGUACAAUCUAGGAAAGAAGCUGCCACAUGUACAACGAUCACAGUUUGAAACACUCGGUGGUGACAUAGAAACUGUCAACGAGAAUGAAGGGAUAGGAAAAUUUCUGUACCAGGGUGACAUCGUACUGACCAAGUGGCAAGUGGACGAAAUGAUGAAUAGAAAUAGGCAUGAUCGAAGAAAACGUCAAGCCUUCAAAGACAAAAACUAUCCUUGGACAAUCUGGCCUGAUGGUGUCGUACACUUUUCCUUACAUUCUAACGCAAGCAACAGAAUACGAGAUCUCUUUAGGCAUGGUGCACUGGAAUGGCAGAGAGUAACUUGCCUCAGGUUCUAUGAGUAUAACCAUGCACCAGAACGCAUCGAGUUGAUGAGAGCAUCUGGCUGCUGGUCAUACUUGGGAAACCUACAUAAAGUACAACCACUCUCUUUGGGAACAGGCUGCCACGCUAUCGGCAUUGCUGCGCACGAAAUUGGUCAUGCUCUUGGCCUGUUCCACACCCAUACAAGACAUGACCGCGACGAAUAUGUAUUGAUUGAUGAAACCAAAAUCAGGGAGGGUUUGCACAAACAAUUUGCUAAAGAAACUACGCAAACUAAUGACAACUAUGGUAUUCCUUAUGAUUACGGUAGCAUAAUGCAUUACAAUUCAAAGAGUUUCUCGGUAGACAAGAAAUUGUACCAUACAAUGAUACCUGUCGACAGAAUGUACCUUGAUACUAUGGGUUCACACUUCGUUUCCUUUUACGACAAGCUCAUGAUGAACACUCACUACAACUGUCUAGAAAAAUGCAAAUCAAACCCCUCAGCGGCAAAAUGCGCGAUGGGAGGUUUUCCUAAUCCCAAAGAUUGCUUGAAAUGUGUGUGUCCCGGAGGUUAUGGAGGCAGAUUUUGCAACGAGAGGCCAGAGGGUUGCGGUGAAGUCUUGAAAGCCAUCACAGAAUACACGAGACUUGAAAACAUUGUUGGUAAAGCUGGAGUGAACGGCCUUGACGAAAACGACUUCUUCAAGUGUAAUUACUGGAUAGCGGCGCCACAAGGAAGAAGUAUCGAGAUAAAAAUUCAAAGCCUUACAAAACAUUUUACUAUCUCUGGAUGCUAUUAUGCUGGUGUUGAAAUCAAAACACAGAAGGAUCAGCGUAGCACGGGAUAUAGGCAGGUCUUAAACAAAAGUGAACUUCUCUACAUGCAAGAAAGACUCCACGUACAAAAACAGAAGGCUUUGGAUAGUCUCGACCUCGAUCCACAAAGAAUGGCAAUUCUUGAUAAUUUACAGAAGAAGUCAGUAAAAGUGAAAACUGUUCAGUCUAGCUCAAUUGGUGAUGAUAUAGUGACUAUUAACGAGAAUGAAGGGAUAGGAAAGCUUCUGUACCAGAGUGACAUUGUAUUGACGGAAUGUCAAGUGGAGGAGAUCAUGAAUGGAAAUAAUCGCUAUCGAAGAAAACGUCAAGCAUAUAGGAGUAAACACUAUCCUAGGACAAUCUGGCCAGAUGGCAUUGUACACUUUUCUUUCUCCGAAAACGCAACUAAUAGGAUACGCGAUAUCUUCAGACAUGGCGCAUUGGAAUGGCAGAGAGAAACUUGUCUUAGCUUCUAUGAGUACAUUCAUGCACCGGAACGCAUUGAGUUAGUAGUCGAGCCAGGUUGCUGGUCAUAUGUGGGGAACGUACAUAAAGUACAACCGCUUUCCCUGGGAAUAGGCUGCGAAGCGAUUGGCCUUGCUGCACACGAGAUUGGUCAUGCCCUUGGAUUUUUCCACCACCAUGCCAGACAUGAUCGUGACGAGCACCUACUAAUCGAUGAAACGAAAAUUAAGGCUGGCGAGCAUGAUCAGUUUAUCAAACAAACAACUGAGACUAAUGAUAAUUACGGUCUUCCUUAUGAGUACGGCAGCAUAAUGCAUUACGGUUCAAGAAGGUUUGAGUCUUCUGACCUCAAACCCAAAGACCACAAUUUUGAUGCAUUCCUGAUUCCUAACCACAACAUACAGACGAUCGCCAAAUAUGAACAGUCGCUGCACCUAUUUCUAGCCCAAAUAAUUUUCUAA